AUGUCUGAGUACUUCUCCUGUAUGGCAGGAAUAAGCAGCUACUUCCCAGCAUGGGUUGCCAAAGUUUUCCAAGACAAGAGGAGCAAAGCCAGCACGCGCACCAAGUCAGGUACAGAGCCUGAGCCAGAUUACUCAAUAGUCAUGGCUCAACUUGUUCUUCCCCGCAGGUCAUGUCACCCAAUGAAUCACAGUGAGGGCAGUCUCCAGAAUUCUCUGAAGCCACAGCUAAGCCAGAACAGGAUAACUCCCCUUCCAUCCACUUUGCUAUCAGACUCGCUAACCAGGGCAGGGUAUAAAAGACCUGAGCUGCAAUUGGCUGCUGGCCCUUACAAUUUACUGUUAGAUGGUAUGGAAGAGCCAUCAUUGAGGAAUUCAGAGAUCUCCAGGUUCAGUGAUGAUGAAGUUAUGGAACCUCAGCAGAGAUGGUUUACAGGCAAUACUUUGCACAGGAGAUGA